UGGCUGUUUUAUUUCAUCCAUGUUUUGUUUUUCAGGUACUUCUGCUGUUAAAAUUUUCAUGCCUGCACUGUCUCCUACAAUGGAAGAAGGAAACAUUGUAAAAUGGCUGAAAAAGGAAGGAGAAGCUGUGAAUGCUGGAGAUGCAUUGUGUGAAAUUGAAACAGACAAAGCAGUGGUUACUAUGGAGUCAAAUGAUGAUGGGGUAUUGGCCAAAAUAAUGAUGGAAGAAGGAAGUAAAAAUGUGCGCCUGGGAACACUCAUUGCUUUGCUAGUAGAAGAAGGGCAGGACUGGAAACAAGUUGAAAUACCAGCAGACGUUGGUGGUGAUCUACCUUCUCAGGCUCCACAAGCAUCUGUACCUCCUCCCACUCCAGGAGGCCCUGUGAUUCCAGCCCCUAGCAAAAUGGAACCUCCACCUGGAAAACUGCAGAUUCGUUUAAGUCCUGCUGCUCGUAACAUUCUGGAGACACAUGGACUUGACCCAAGCAACGAAACUUCAUCUGGACCUCGAGGAAUCUUCACUAAAGAGGAUGCCCUCAGACUUCUGCAACAGCAACAGAAGAGCAAAACUACUGUAUCGAAACCUAUGGUUUCUCCUGCCCCUCCCCAGCCUUCUGCAGUGCCUUCGGCGCCACAAACAACAACUGUGUCUUCUGCUUUCCCAAGGCCUGCAAUUCCACCGAUAUCUACAGCAGGACAACUUGGUGUACCGGGUACGUUCACAGAAGUCCCUGCAAGCAACAUCCGAAGAGUUAUUGCCAAAAGAUUAACAGAAUCUAAAACUACUGUACCUCAUGCAUAUGCUACUGCAGAUUGUGAACUUGAUGCUAUCUUGAAAUUAAGGAAAGAAUUGGCCAAAGAUAAUAUUAAAGUAUCAGUAAAUGACUUUAUUAUUAAGGCAACAGCAGUUACCAUCAAACAAAUGCCAGAUGUGAACGUGACCUGGGAUGGGGAGGGCCCCAGGCAGCUGCAAUCCAUCGACAUUUCUAUUGCUGUGGCAACAGACCGAGGUCUUAUUACACCAAUCAUAAGAGAUGCUGCUGCCAAGGGAGUACAGGAAAUUGCUGCCUCUGCAAAGGCCUUAGCGAAGAAAGCAAGAGAUGGAAAACUGUUACCUGAAGAAUACCAGGGAGGAUCUUUUAGCAUUUCCAAUCUGGGCAUGUUUGGCAUCAGUGGCUUCAUUGCUGUCAUAAACCCGCCUCAGGCCUGCAUUUUAGCUGUGGGACGAGCACGGCCUGAACUCAAGAUUGUUGAGGAUGAAGAAGGGAAUGAGAAACUUCAGCAGCAUCAGCUCAUGACAAUGACACUGUCGAGUGAUGGUCGGGUAGUAGAUGAUGAACUGGCUUCAAAGUUCCUGGAGACCUUGAAAGCAAACAUGGAGAAUCCAAUGCGACUUGCCUUGUGUUAAAAUGAAUAAUAAAUCAGUUUCUGGAUUGGCAAAAUAUGGAGCAAAGUUACAAAAAAAAAUUACAGUCCAUUAGGACAUAAAUAGUUAAUGUGAGAUGGACAAAUAAAAUAUUUAAUUUAUUUGAAUUAACUUGAAAGACUCUUCAAAACCAUCUUUUUGACCAUUUCCAGCUCUCAAGUUUUAUACAAAAGUUGAAAUACUUUAAAGAAAUAUAGAAAUAAUGUUGACAUAUUAAAGUUCUUUAAAAGUUUAAUAUCAACUGCACAAGAUAUUUAACUGUACAGGUUACUGUUUAGUCAUAGAAAAUAGUUUGGGACUCUUAUAGGGAGGUUAGUGUGAGAAUAUUGUGUGAAAUGUAAGGGGGAAUGUGACAAUGCUUGUUUAAGGAUUUGCUGUCCUUUCAAAGUGAGAAAAUAAAAAGCAUCACUGUGUGAAAUGUCCCUAUAAAUUCUAAUCAGCGUUAAGUUGGCCAAACUAUCCAUUUUAGCUGUAUGUUUUAGCUUCUUAAUAUGCAAAGAAAUCUAUAGCUAAAAGCUGCUGUCAGAGUUGGAUUGUGUCAACUUCAAGUUCUCAGAGAUUUUGUUGAAGAUCUUAACAAAAUUCUGGGACAAAAUAAGUUGCUUUGGUCUGUUGACAUGGUGAAAUAGAAGUUACUUUUGGUUUGGUGGAAUAGAAGUUACUUUUGGUUUGGUUUACAUUACAGAAUUUACACUUCUUCCAUCGUACUCUGAGCUUUCCCUCAUCGGGCAGGAAAGAAAUGCUGCUGGGUAAAGACCAAAUCACAUGAAGAAUAUAAAUAUUGAUAUUCAAAAUAAAAUAAUAAAUAGUGACACCACAGCUAGAUUUGAAAAUAUGCAUACUUGUAUAUUAAAUAAAAACAUGUUUGAAUUGUG